ACGAUGGUUAAUAGUGGCCUUAAUCUAUCAUAAUCAGUAUGCCGACGAUCUUUCACAACGUCGGACGACUCUACUGCAUUUCAUAUUUUUCAUCGAUACACGAUGUCAAAUACGCAGGUGCAUUCUUUUACGAUACGAGACUUUAAUUCUUUAAGUGAAACUGUUCAAAAUUUAAUAAGGGAAGCAGUUGAAAUACGGAAAAAGGCGUACUGCCCGUAUUCAAAUUUCGCUGUGGGCGCGGCGUUAAUUACGGAAGAGAAUGCACAGGUAUACUCGGGAUGUAAUAUAGAGAACUCAACUAUGGCACCGUGCAUUUGUGCAGAGCGUGCCGCAAUAACGAAAGCAGUAUGUGACGGUUAUUUAAAGUUUAAAACGGUAGCAGUGGUGGCACAUCAGCAGGAUUGCUACACAGCGCCGUGUGGUGUGUGCAGACAGACUCUUAGUGAAUUUCGAGGGAGCGACGGUGAUAUCGAAAUAUAUUUAAGCAAACCGACAAUGGACAAAGUUCUGUGCACGAAACUGUCUGAUAUUUUACCGCUUUCGUUCGUGAGUUAUAAGGAAGAUAAUGUUAUUUCGUAGAUGGUAUAAUAUGAUGUGAUAUACUUGUAUAUGAAGGAAAAAUAAACCACAAUUUGUGUA